AUGGCUACCAGCAUGACUACCAUUGCGGGACCUGAGAUGGGUCGAAGCGACUUCCUUGAUGCUCCGUUUCAAGAACAGAUUCCGUACAACCAUGAAGACGAUGUCGCCGAUCCACUAUCUCCCAGCAUCGACUACGAAUUCGAUGACUCGCAAUGUCUAUUCUGCAACGAGCCGAGCCCAGACCUGGACCAGAAUUUGGUCCACAUGUCAAAGGCCCAUGGCUUAUAUGUCGACCCGGCGAACCUGUUGGUCGACGUCGGAUCACUCCUGGCCUAUUUCCAUUUCGUCAUUUCCGGGUGUUACGAGUGUCUCUACUGUGCAACGCAGCGGAAUACUCGCCAAGCGGUGCAGCAACACAUGACGGCAAAGGGGCAUUGCAAAUACAACAUUACGGACGAGGAUGUUGACCUCAGAGACUUUUAUGCAUUCCCCUCGUCGGAUGUCAAAGAGAGACUACAUCAACAUUUCCCCGCCCUGCGCUUCUCGGACAACCCUCGACUUCCAUCACAAGCCAGAUCGAGGAAACAACGGCAAUCAAAGCGUUCAGACAAACACAACUCCGAUUUCACGGCUGCUCCGCUCGACCAAGCACCACCAGCCCCAACUCGGCAGUCACACACUGAUGCCGAAUCCCGCUCGAAUGCUGCCGAGACGCCCUCUCAUUCUCUGGGUGAACUGAGCACAAGAGGACUGAAGCAAGCAUGCACGCUCGACAACCAACUCUCACAACUUCGUGCAAGUGACCGGAGAAGUCUUUCACAUUUACCGGCUUCGCAACAAAGGGCAUUACUUGCAACACACCACCAACAGAUUGAAAAGGCCCGCAGGACAGAGCAAAUCCGACGGGGCAACUUGGAGAGUGCAGGGAAUAAAGUCAAUUGUCUGGGGAAAAUCAGGUUGAUACGGAAACCUCCCCAUACCGGAAAUGUCCACAGCUUGAAUCGGUAA